UUUGCUGUAACAACAAAGUUUUUCGUAGAUUCCGUGAUAACGCAAUUUUUUGGUUGAUUUAACGAAAAUUUCGUAACGAGUGCGAAAAAAUUGUGUGGAGAAGCCAAUAAAAAUUGUUAAUUGGACACAGUUUUCUAGGUUUUUCCAAACCAAACGAAUUCGUUCAGACAACUAAUGAGGCCCGUUGUGUGAACGGGUUUAUUUUUCUAUUGUGAAUGGUCUGACCUCGCAGUGUCAACAGACACCGCUAUUUGUUGUAUCAGCUAUUCAUUUUGUUUUUCGAGCUGGUUCUUAUCACGAUUCAACGAACAAAAGUUUGUAUCAGUAUUUAGGUGCCCAUCAAUUCGUGCAACGAAUUUACGCGCCAUUUGAACACAGCCUUGUGCCGUACGCAGCAAACUUCCGUUCACUGAUAUGAAAAAUCGACGUGCCGGUACUUCCAGCUUUUCCGGUGUGUUAAAAGAGAGGACAGUGACGAUGGAUUUGCUAGUUCUUUUCUGUUUGCGUGUCAACCCAGUGGUUUGUUAUCUCGAUGGCAGAAGAGACGGUGCCGGCGCUGCUCCUCAGCUGGGGCAUGAGCCCGGCUGCCAUUCAGCGGUUCAUAGAUGAAGAUAUCUCCAUUGAACAGUUCAGAGCACUCAACGAACUUGCAAUAAAAUUGUUGUUGCCGAAUGUCGCUGACCGGGCUCAGUUCAUGAAACACUUUGAUAAGUGGAAGGAACCGGGAACAAAGAGUUCAGGUCCUCUCUCUAAAGUUAAUGCUGGUGCUAGCACAAGCGGUGAACCGCCCCAAAAGAAGCCACGAAAGGGAAAGGCGAAGGCUACUCUUCCUGUUCACAACCCACCAGCUCAGCCUCUGAGUGUGUCUGAGGAGGAGCCCUCUAUAAACUAUGUUCAUAGAAUUUUGAAAGCUAAGAGAGAAGGAGAGUGGGUGCUAGCUUAUUACAAUUACUAUGGAGAGCUGUCUGACUCAAGUAGGGAUGACUUGUCAAAGCGUAUUAUCACUGCUGAACUCCAGGACGACAAAAAUCAGAGGAUUUCUAGACAACGGUACUCAGAGCUAGCUGAUAUGAUAGUUGAACUUUUCCCAACUGAGACACAUGCAACCUGGUACUCCCUUCAGACUGAAAAGGGGCGCACAUAUGUAGAUGGACGACUUUGGCAUAAAUUUUACAAUACUCGCCGCAAGUAUGCUACAGUUGGAUGGAUUUUAAGGUCAACUCUGGAAGAUGAGAUCUUGGAGGAUGAAGGAUUAGAGUUACCUCAAGAGGAGGAUGAAGAAGAUGAAAACAUCUUGUGGUUGUUUGCCAAUGAUACUCCUUGGAUUGAAGUUCUUUCAAAGUGGGAGCUUUCAAUUGAUCAACGUCAGAAGUACAUGAAGAGAGGGCUCUAUGCCUACACAAAGCUGUUUCCUGCAUUGGAGCUGGAACAUGGCUGGGAGCUUCUUCUACUUGACUCCAAUAUUCGCUAUCCAGACUUUCAAAGAAAGUGCGACACUGAUUGGCCUAAAUUUAUAUCAUUCAUUGAGUCUGAACUUCGUAAGGUCAAGGACUUGGAGUUUCCUGCAGAGUUUCAAACAAAUGAUGAGAGAACUGUUACAGUUCUAGAACAUCUUGCAUUUAUAUUUAAACCUAGAGUAAUGCCAAAGCCUGAGGGGGAGAGACCAAAGUCAAAGUCUGUAGGUAUCUGGAAACCAUCAAGGAAAGAAGUGCAGCUUAGCUUUGUUCUCCGUGUUGAUGACAUUAAGAAUAUCAAGGAGAUUGUGAGCAGCAGGCGAAACGUUCUGAACAAGUAUGGUCAUACACUACAACCAUUCGUCCUUCUUGUUGGUUCUCCACACAACAUUCGACAGAGUUUUGUCAUGCUUGAUGACCUUCGCUGGCCAGUGUCACCACCUCUGAAAGCAGUGGAUGUAUGUUUCAAGCUUUUCUUCGUUCUGAGAGCUGGCUAUCCUGUGGAAUCAAGGCACAUUUGGCUGUACAUCCAACAUUGUGUAUAUUCUCAUGAAUCUUCUGAUGAUUACAAAGGCUGCAGGGGCCUUAAAUCAUUUUUAGCUUCUCACUUUAAAAGCUUUAAACGUUGCUCUUCGUAAACAUGUCUUUGAUAUGUCCUGUAUGUCCUAAAGUGGU